GAUGUACCAAAAGCAUCAACCCAUAUUUAUAUAUAUAGCUGCCUGAGGAUUAUAUAAAACUCAGAAGUUUCUGUGAGAAACUUUAGUUAGAAAUCAUCACAAACAAAUUUUUAAAGAAAUGGCAAGAGAGGGAAAAGUCAUCAGCUGCCACACCGUUACGGCGUGGAACGAAGAACUCUGCAAGGGAAUACAAGAGAAAAAACUGAUGGUGGUGGACUUCACAGCAACAUGGUGCAGUCCAUGUCGAACGAUGGGUCCCGUCUUCUCCGAGCUGGCUAGAACCACCCCCGACGUCAUCUUCCUCAAGGUUGACGUGGAUGAAUUGCACACAGUGGCAAGUGAUUGGGGCAUAGAGGGAAUGCCAACAUUUAUGUUCCUAAAAGAAGGGAAGAUUUUGGGCAGUUUAGUUGGAGCCAAGAAAGAUGAGUUGCAGAAACUCCUUGCCAAGCACACCUUCAAGAAUGCUUCUUUUUCCAAGUUCAUGAAUAAUGCUCAUUCUUAUUAUUAUUAUUAUUCUUAGAUCAUAUACUAUAUACCCUUUGGAGUAUUUGUAUUGUCCACCAUUCUUGCUGAUGUAACUGAUGUUUAGUUUGAUUGCCUCUUAAUAGAGGCUUUUGAUUAAU